AAUCUAAGCAAAGCUUUGUGUAGGUCACCAUCUAGUGGUUGGCCGCAAUUACUGGUGUGUUUGCACACCUAUAGCAGCUCAGAGCCUGUCAAUAUAAACAGUAACUUUAGCUGCUGUUGGCUGUUUGAGGCAGCUUUUGGAGAAGAGAAGCAUAGUAUGUGACUAAAAGCUAGAAAACGAGGCAACAAAACCGUAUAGAUAAAGCCAAGAAACCUCAUUAUGCUUGCGACCACUGAUAUUUGCCGUCAAGUUUAAGAAGAGGCCGGUGUUAAAAAAAGGUUGAUUUAGCGCAUUGUUAGUGACAUUUUCCCUGCACUUAACUCAUUCACUCCCAGCUAUUUUCACCAGUGCAACCCCUUUCGCUCCCGGCCGUUUUACUGGAUUUUGACCGAUCUAUUGCUAUAUAAACAUGGAACCCACCAAAAGAAAGAUUACUCUUUUCUUUCAGCAGGAAAAAAAAGGUGCAUCCGCUUUAAAGGCAGGUACCGGUCCAGCGUUGUGCGCUCCAACACGUGCAGCUUGUCGGACUUUCAAGAGGCUUCCUUCCAUCUGGACGUUUGACGACGUCACAAUGGACAAGUUGGAGGCAAAUAAUCCGUUCUUUCACCAGGUGACGCUGAGCGGCUUCCAAAGGGUUCGGGGUCUCAUCCUGGGAUGCGUCCUCUUCCCGAUCCGGUUGGCACUGGUGGUCCUCUUUUUCCUGCUGAUGUGGCCUUUCGCUCGCCUGUGCCUGGCCGGCCUGUCGGCGGAAGAGCGCGCCCGACCGGUAUCGGGGUGGCGCCGCCUGUUCUUCCAUCCCCCCGUCUAUCUCCUGAGCCGGGCUGUCUUCUUGUCGCUGGGUUUCCUGUGGGUACGGGUCAAAGGUCGGAAGGCCGACUUGAAGGAAGCCCCCAUGCUGGUGGUGGCGCCUCACAGCACCUUUAUGGACAUGCUGGUUUUGUGUCCCACCCAUCUGCCCACCGUGGUAUCUCGAUCGGAGAACACCGGGCUGCCGGUCAUCGGAGCGCUUCUGGAGUUCAACCAGUCGGUGCUGGUGAGCAGGAAUGAUCCAGAUUCCAGGAAGAAGGCCGUCGCCCAGCUUACGGAAAGACUCAACUCCAAUGGCUAUUGGCCUCAGAUGCUCAUGUUUCCGGAGGGUACCACUACAAACGGCAGCGCUCUGAUUAAGUUCAAACCCGGUGCUUUUCUCUGCGGAGUGCCGGUCCAACCGGUUCUGUUGCGUUACCCCAACAAAGUGGAUACAGUGCGAUGGUCGCACAAAGGGACGACGUGGGUGGAGGCGCUGUGGCACACCACCUCGCAGAUCUACACCAAUAUGACCGUGGAGUUCCUUCCAGUUUACAAUCCUUCAGCGGAGGAGAAGAACAACCCCGAACUGUACGCUGACAACGUGCAGAAGCUCAUGGCAGAGGCUCUCGGCAUCCCGGCGACUGACUACGUGAUGCAGGGUGGCGUGCCGGUCCAAAAAGUGGGCGGUCUCUCCCUUCCGUUGUCGUCCCCUGGCAGGGAAGCGCUAACUCUGCUUCGCAAAGCCGGGAUGGGAACGAGACAAGUGGAAAGCGCGCUGGACAGAAUUUUGGACAGGUGUCAGUCGGGGUCUUCGGAGGCAGGGGCCGGAGAUCUGGCCGCUCUGCUGGGACUGGCGGACGAACGGACGGCCGUUAGCGUCUGCGGGCUGUAUUCCCAGGGAAAAAUGGCGGAUCUCAGACAAAUCUACUUGAACGUGGCCGCCCUCUCAGGUCUCGUCGACAUCCGCUCAAUACUUCGGACGGCCUUCAAUUUGUUUGACAAAGAAGGGACAGGAAGUCUGAGUGCUGAGGAACUGUCUGACCUGAUGGGGGCGCUCCUGGGCAUCCGUCAGUAUCACACUGAGCAGCUCUACGCCGAGAUAGCCUGUAAUGGCCGUUUAAAUCAAGAUGACUUCGUGCACGGGUUGACUAGCCACACCACGUAUCAGAAAGUGGUGUGCGAGCACCUGCAGCCCAAUCCGGCCACGCGUCAUUUGCUGGUCAACAACAAUGGAAGCUUACCCCACGGCAACAAAAAAGCCAUAUGAAGGUCGACGAACAUUUUUAUAAAAAAAAAAAAAACAACAACAACAUGCAAACACUUUGGAGUGGAGUUCUAACAAAACAAUACUAAUGUAUUAAUGUUACCUUGUAUUAUCUGUGAAUAUUUUUGUAAACCUGUAUUGUUAAUGUAUUUUUUAUAUUUGUUUUCAUGACGUUUACUAUGGAUUUGCUCAUUCUUUGUUUUUAAAAUUGUAUAUUUUAUCAAGUUUGGUGUUAAAAGGGUUUUGAAUCUGAAUAAAUAAUUUU